AUGAAUACUUCCUCGAUCACGAACGCCUCAUCCUCAUCAUUACUCACCAGUACAUCUGCUUCAUCGGCUGGUGCUGUUCGAGCACUUUCGCUCGAGCUCAAAAGUCUUCAGACAACACCUGUCGAGGGCUUCACCGUUACAGCUAGUGACGAUAAUAUCUUCGUUUGGACUGUCGCCAUCUUCGGUCCCCCUGGAACAAUGUAUCAGGGUGGAUAUUUUAAAGCGAUACUCAAGUUCCCGUCCAAUUAUCCUUACGCACCACCUUCUGUGAAAUUCCUUAGUAAAGUGUGGCAUCCAAACGUUUAUGAGAGUGGUGAUCUAUGCAUUAGUAUAUUGCAUCCUCCAGUUGACGACCCACAUAGCGGUGAGUUAGCGUGUGAACGCUGGAAUCCCACGCAGAACGUGAGGACGAUUUUGUUAUCAGUGAUAUCGUUGUUGAACGAACCAAAUACUUCAUCACCAGCUAAUGUAGAUGCGUCAGUUAUGUAUCGCCGUUGGAAAGAGUCGAAUGGCAAAGAUGACGAAUAUGCUCGUAUUGUUAGGAAACAAGUGGAAUUAAGUCGAGUGGAUGCUGAAAAAGAUGGAGUUGUGGUACCGGAAACACUAGAGGAAUAUUGCGUUAAAACAAAUCCAAAACCUAAUGAUGAAGAUAUGGAUGCGUUCGAUCUAGAUGAGGAUUAUUAUGAUUACGGCGACGAGACUGGUAUGAAAUUAAGCUAUUUUCAUUCCGUGUUAUAUUUCAGUAUCAAUACACACACUUUUUCAUUUCUAUCUCGUAACUUCAUCGUCGAUUAA